CACGCAGGAAGAACCCAAGGAGGGAUUCUCGCUUUGCUACGAAACUAACGUUAAGUGGUCGCCAUUCAAGCCCAAAACUAAACUUCGUGCUUCGUUUUCUACACGGCUACAGAUAAACUCUCUUCCGCAGACGACUCUACGCCGAUGAUUCGGGAGGCUGUGAACUUCACCCGAAGACAGCCCAGCUUCAUAUCCUUUUUAUCAGUCCCACACACUACUUACCGAUCUGGCUUCAACUGGCUUCAAUAAUGCCUGCUUCUUCAGACGAGAAUUGUGCAAACCCCUUGCUCCUGAGUUGGGUCAGGGAUUGGCUUGAGGUGGCGCGAGAACGAAACUCCAAGGGCGUCAUUACAUACCGCAAUGCCUACAAUGCACUCAAGGCGUGCCCGAUCAAGUUCUCGCAUCCUUGCCAGCUUCAAACACUAAAAGGCUUUGGCGAGAAGCUAUGCGCACGUCUUACGGAGAAGCUCAAGAAGCAUUGUGAGGACAAUGGUUUGCCGAUACCAAAGAAAACUAUGCGCAACCCCAACCUGGCGGCGCUUAACGGCAAUGCUUCCGACGAUGUCGGCCAAGACGAUGAUGAGAUUGCAAGACCGCCGCCAGCCAAGAAGCCCCGAACUAUCAAACCCUAUAUCCCACAGUACCGCUCCGGCCCAUACGGUAUCAUCAUGGGUCUGGCUGAUCACAACGCUUCCGGCAUGCAAGGUUUGAGCAAAGAAGAGUUGGUCAGAGUUGCUGCGCCGUAUUCUGACGCCUCGUACGAGACACCAGCUCAGGCGAACUCGUUUCACACUGCCUGGAACUCUAUGAAGACCCUGAUUAAUAAGGAGUUAGUCAUUGAGAAGAGAGGUGGCCCAUCGCGAAAGUUUUAUGUCUUGACAGAUGCCGGGUUUGAGGUUGCAAGAAGCAUGAAACGAGCGGCAAACCCAGACGCAGCUUCGCCGGAGCCCCCUGAAAGAAUGGAACCUCGGCAACAGCCAAGGAACGGUGAGGAUAUACUGCUUGUGGACAGUAAUGAGGAAGCGUCCCUUCUUGCGGCUCCACGGCCCCCAAGAGCGACACCAUCCGAGUUUGCCGAUGUAGUAAAAGAGGCAAGCAAUGUAUCAGACCCUGCAGCUAUACCCAACUUCCGUCCAAUUCGGUUGCAACCAGGAGACUUUACGAUCGAGCUCGUAAUAGACACUAGGGAAAUACGAGCCAAGACAGACCGCGACUAUAUGCAAGAAGAGCUCAAUAAGCAGGGUGUGAAGCCUAUGGUGAAAGCACUAGAGCUCGGCGAUGCGAUGUGGGUUGCCAAAUGCCAUGAUCCCAACUUUCUUUCUAGGACAGGGGCAGAGGGAGACGAAGUGGUGCUCGACUGGAUCUGCGAACGCAAGCGGCUUGACGAUCUUAUUGGGAGUAUCAAGGACGGGCGGUUCCAUGAACAGAAAUUUCGUCUCAAGAAAUCAGGAGCCAGGAACGUUGUUUACAUCAUUGAGGAGUUUAACCUGGAUGAGCGAAACCGAGCAAACUAUGAGCUGUCGGUCCAAUCGGCUAUUGCUACCACACAAGUGGUCAAUGGCUUUUUUGUGAAGCAGACGCAAAAGAUGGAUGAUACAAUCAAGUAUCUCGUCCGGAUGACGCACAAACUCAAGAAGCAGUACGAAGAAAAACCACUGUUCGUCAUACCCACCGGUGUCAUCACAAAACAAAACUACCUUCCCCUGCUCGAACAUCUGCGUGAGAAGGACCCCAGUCGAGGCCACUACAUUAGUUACCCUGCCUUCUCGUCGCUAGCGUCCAAAUCUGAGAUGAUGACACUGCGAGACUUGUACCUGAAGUUCCUUAUGUGUACGAGAGGAGUUACCGGUGAAAAGGCGUUGGAGAUUCAGAAGAAGUGGAAAACGCCGCACGAGUUCAUCAAGGCCUUCGAGGCUUUGGACUCACGCCCAGACAGCAAGAAAAGGAAGCACGAGAUGGUGUUUAGUGAGCUAGGUAAUCAGUUUGGGAGGAAGAAGAUAACAAAACCUUUAAGUGUAAAGGUAGCCAGCAUUUGGGGGGAAGCCGCAACGACGGUGUAAGCG